UCCCCGCCGCAGAGGCCGAGCAAAAACUUCAGCAAAAAUUGUAUGCAGUGGUACGCUGCGUAGCACCUCUCUAUAGAUGGCUCUUGCGUCAGCGGGUGCAGCCCCGUAUGUCAGCCUAUAUUAUUCAAUAGUGCAACGAGCAGCAUCUCGAUAUUUUAAGGAAUAUUGUAGGUCUGGCUAACUAGAUCUGUCUAAAUGGGGCUCAGUCCGUUUAGGCGUCGUGCCAUGGUGGCACGGUGAACCCAUCCACGUUGUUUCAAACUCUUUGGCACAUUUAAUGGUGAUGAGGAGUGGACAUGGCAAUAAAUUUCUCGGCAUCAUUUGCGGCGUGCUUGGCCGCUGGCCUCAAGGUGCCCAGGCAAAUUAUGUACUGCAUUGCUCAGGAUACAGGGGCGCCCUACGUAUUAUAUAAAGACGGAAUGGAUAGGCCUCAAGGGCAACCUGGACAGUGGGGCCCUGGGGCACCACAAGAUGGAGGUUAUCCUCCACAGGGGUCGACAUCAUCUGGGAGUCCACAGCAGUCAUGUGGUGGUCCUGGUGGAGAAGCAGAUGGACCUGCAUCUUCAGGGACCAGUGGAUUGCCACCAAGUAGGGAUCAGCAGCAACAGGGUACAAUGACGUCACCUGUUCCCUCACCCUAUGCUCCACCACAGUCAGCACCACCUGAUCCUGUGCAAGCACCACCUCCCCAAGGACCACCACAUGCACCAGGAGAAGAGGAUCCAUCACAGCAGCAGCAACAGCAGCAAAUUCAACAACAGCAUUCUCCUGGUACCCAGCCUCAACCUCCACAGGCCCCACAGCCGCCGCCGCCGCCACCACCACAGCCUCAACCACAACCUUACGGGGAUGUGGACCAACAGCAGCAGCAGCAGCAACAUCAACAACAACAGCAGCCACCUCCACCUCCUCCACCACCACAGCCCCAGCAGCAAAGACCCCCGCAGUGUUUCCCACCCACAGGUGGCCCUGGUCCAGGUCAGCCAGACAUGCAGCAGCAGGCAUAUCCUGGCCAACAUUACUUUAAAGAUUCACGUGGUCAUCAUGCACCAGCCAUGCCUCCACACAUGCUGGCACCCGGUAGCUUCACAGCCCUGCACUACCUAAAACAACCAGGUGUAAUGCUCACCUCACUUGGACCAAUGGGAACGGGAGGUGGUGGGGAAAAUGGUGGUCAUUUGGGGGAUGGAGGCGCUAAUGGACACCCUUAUGGCACAGCGGGUGCUACGAUGCAGGACAUGAGAGCUGCGUCCCUCCCCGACAUCAUCCAGCAACAGCAGCAGCAACAACAACAUCAGGGUGUGGUGGGGAAAGCAGGAAAGGGUGGAGCAAAUGGAGAACUAAGGUUGUUCAAGUGCUUAACGUGCGGAAAGGACUUCAAGCAGAAGUCAACGCUACUCCAGCAUGAACGAAUCCACACGGAUAGCCGUCCAUAUGGGUGCCCCGAAUGUGGGAAACGGUUCCGGCAGCAGUCGCACCUGACGCAGCACCUUCGUAUCCAUGCAAAUGAGAAGCCGUAUGCAUGUGUGUACUGCGAGCGUACGUUCCGGCAGCGCGCGAUCCUGAACCAGCACCUGCGCAUCCACUCUGGUGAGAAGCCCUAUCAGUGCCCAGAGUGCGGGAAGCACUUCCGCCAGAAGGCCAUCCUCAACCAGCACGUCCGCACACACCAAGAUGUGAGUCCCCAUCUGGUGUUCAAGAACGGAAUGACACCAACGCUGUGGCCGCAGGAUGUGCCAUAUCCACCGGACUCAGAAAAGGAUGAUGCCGCUUCAACAUUUGGCGGCGGUGAAGAUGGGAGUUCACAGCAGGCGGAUCAGCGGGGCAAUGGACAGUGUUUCUCCCCUGACUCACUCCAGCAAUACCCCGCAUACUUCAAAGACUCUAAGGGGACAAACCAUGCAGCGUUUGGGGGUGGGAACUUUGGGGCACUUCAGUACCUGAAGCAGGGUCAGGGUGGUAAGGGUUGCUUGCCUGAUGUGAUACAACACGGACGAAGCGCAGGCAUGCCCUUGUAUGUGCGCUGCCCAAUCUGCCAAAAGGAAUUCAAACAGAAGUCAACGUUGUUGCAGCAUGGCUGUAUACAUAUAGAGUCUCGACCGUAUCCAUGCCCAGAAUGUGGGAAACGAUUCCGGCAGCAGUCACACCUGACACAGCACCUACGCAUACAUACCAACGAAAAGCCGUAUGGCUGCGUGUACUGUGGCCGCAACUUCCGUCAGCGCACCAUAUUGAACCAGCACCUACGCAUUCAUACAGGUGAGAAGCCCUACAAGUGUUCGCAGUGUGGUAAGGACUUCCGGCAGAAGGCUAUUCUAGAUCAGCACACUCGGACACACCAAGGUGACCGCCCUUUCUGCUGUCCUAUGCCCAAUUGUCGACGUCGCUUCGCUACAGAACCAGAGGUAAAGAAGCACAUUGAGAACCAUAUGAAUCCUCAUGCAGCUAAGUCUCGCCGUAGCAACAACUUGACAGAAACAAAACAUCACCCUGUUGGAGUUAUGGGGGGUGCAGGGGAUCGUGGGCCCUCCCUGCUCUCUCGAGGUAUUCCCCCCACAGCUGUGGUGAAACCAGAACUGUACUUCCCCCAGUGCUAUGCUCCAGCAUUUAACCACCAACCGACUACAGGCCCUGGUGUCCAGUUUCCCGGUAACCCUAAUCCUGCACCUGGCAAUGGGGAGUUCAAACCUCCCACAGGUCUCCCUGCACAAUGACUAGCCGCCGCGUCACUCCGGAACUGAAGUCAAUCUUCUGGUGAAGAGGCAUUGCCGUGUCUCGUACUCGACUUAAUGCCAGUCUUAGAUUGGUUUAAUAGUAUGUGAUAGAUAUAAUUUGCCAAGAUUUUAAAUGAUGACAUAGGAGAAAUGUACAUAAUUUUGAUUGUAAUAUUAUAGUGUCUUGAAAUAAGGAAGAAGAGAGAUUAGUUGUGUUAUAUAUAAAUAUAUAGAUAACUUUUAUAUUAAUGCCGUAAUAACGCUUGUGCUGAAACUUUUGAAAAGGGAAAAAAAUUGUAGAUAAUAUAUAUAUAUAUUUUACGUGAUUUUCGCGAGGUGCUGUUGCAAGCAAUGAGCAGCAGGUGUUCUUUACCUGCAGUGUUCAUAUUUUUGUGGCAGCAAGCUAUUGUUGCACAUUGUGGCAAUUACGUAUGGAAGAAACCUGUCUUACAGUUUAUAUACACAAGAGAUUUUAAAAUGGAAAGUGGUGGCAAUAUACCGUCUUAUCAAUUUAUUAAUAUUAUUACAUAACGCAAAGAUGAUUAAAUGUAUUCUUCUUUUGUGCUGUUACUUGUUUGAUCUCGUCCGGACAUCAGUUACAGAUCUGUUACAAUGCAUGGUUUUGUAAAAGUAUUGUUCGUAGUGCCUAUAGUAGCAUUGUGUUUUACUCUUGUUCAGAAAGUGAGCACUUACUCUCCAGAAUCAAACUUUUUACUCUGUCUGGUGUGGAAUGAAACAUUCCUCUCCAUUGUUGCCACGUGAAGGGGAAUAAAUUACACAUGCAUUUGAAAUACGUAAAAUUUGCAUUUGAAAUGGCAAAGGUAUUCGUGACCAAACUUAUUUGGUCUUGAGAAAAUGUGUGGCCACUACAUACAGGGUCAUGGCUUUAACAGAGGGAAAGUAAUGAAAUCUUAUGUAGUUUUACAUAUUCGUAGAUCUGUGUUGCGUUGGAAACACUUGCCAUUUAAAUAUAUUUGGAGUACGUUGGAAUGUACAGUGUUUGGUAUGUGUUUAGAAAUUUAGUUCUGCUAUAUUUGUUGAGAACAUGCCUCUGCAGCCACUGUUGAGAUUCUCAUUUGUGUGUGUAUGUGUGUGUGAUUUGCAUGAUAUAUAAGUUAUGAGAGAUUGCACCAUGAAUGCCAGAGAUAUCCAGCACAUCGCAUAAGACUUCAUACAACAUGUUCACAUAUUUAACAUGUUCUUUCAAAAUCUGAGCAAAGUAAUUUCCAUCAAUGAACACAAGUUAUUGCUCACUCAGAUCAUGGCUGAGCACUGUCCUCCACAAAAAAAAAAAAAAAAAAAAAAAAAAAAAAAAGGCCUCAGGUGUGUUGCAACUUGUUUGCUUUGUUCAUGAGCACUGAUUGGUAUGUACUGUGAAUUUUGCAAAACUUACAGCUACAAGCAUUGUUGUUUGGAGUUAAAAUGAAGAUCUGACAACAUUGCUACAUUCUUUGACCUAAGUUAGCCUUGCUGCAUCACAUGCAGGCAGGGCUGGACAUAAUUAAAUCAUAGAUCCACCAUAAUUAUAGUCACUAGUACCAAAAUUAAGAAGCAAAGCUAAAUUUUAUUUUAACAUUCAAUGGCUUGUUAAAAUAUACAGAUUUCUGACCUAUAUUUUGUUUGUUUAAAUCUGUUAUCCUUCUGGAAUGUCUGGAAUAGAAAAUAUGGAUGGAUUUACCAUAACAUUUCCUUCAUGAACAUUUUAUGUUUCAUGUCUACAUGUAUUUUCAGAGCUUCAGGUGAAAUUGAUUAUUGUGAUGGUUUAUAAUUUGGAAUUUGAGGACAGCACAGGAUUUUAGUUAAAGAGCCGACAGGUAGCAGGAAUGCCUGAAUUUCUAUGUAUUAUCAAAAUUUUGAUAAUUUACCAAAUGACAUGGCACAGGAAAGAAGUCUCAUGCAGUUACCAAGUUUGAAGACAUGUAUAUUUAACACUAAAAUUACAGAUUACUGUAUCCAGUCUUCAGUACAAAUUUAAUGAAGAAUAAAUUUGAUGGCGAUAAUGGUUAACACUUUGCAUUUGUAACAGAGAUACAUACUGGUGUGUGUCCAUUUUUAGUAAUAAUCUUCCAUGAAUUUAUUAGUUUUUAAAUUAAAAUUUCA